GCCUAACGAACCGUCGAAAUUACGCGAUCGUGAAUGGGUUUAACCGCUGUAAAGGCCCUUUGCGAUUGCAAUGGCACCAGCCUGUCCACGCGUCAGACCCUCGAAUGUUACGUAUCGGGAAAGGAUCUUCUGCCAUCUUGUGUACCGAUUCUAAAAGCCACAGUGCGAACAAGAUGCAGUGCUCGGCGAAUGCUGAUCUCCAGCUGUAUCUUGAUCAUUAUAAUGGCUAUUAUCUAUUGCAUGUCUUUCGCGAAUCUGCGUAGACCUUCGCUAGGUAUACCAUUCAGAAGGCAAUCUGAUCCGCAACCUGCCGCGGAUUCGCAUUCACCAUCGGAAACCACGAUACAAGCUUCCGAGAACACUACCGAGGACAUUGCCGAGGACAUUGCCGAGGACAUUGCCGAGGACAUUGCCGAGGACACUGCCGAGGACACUGCCGAGGACGCAGACGAGGCCGAUACCGAGAAUGGUGAUGAAGAACCUCCUCAAGAAGAGUAACAGAAAUCUAUGUCUUUCGAGGAAGAAGAAAUAGAGAUAUUCUAUCUCGAAACGAUUUGUUUACGUUCAGAGCUCGAUUCGUUAGAUGGUAAAUUUCACGGGAUAUCACAAUAGCGAUGAACCGUAAGCGUCUAUGGUUGUUGUAAAAGACUAGGGAGUAAGUUGGAAAGGAAAGAAACGAGUAAGCGAACCGUUUGAUACCGGAUAACGAAUGCGUCGACCGCGUGUACAUAAAUCUGUGCCCGAAACACCGUGCUCGAACUGCAUUUUUCAUUCGGAACAUUACUCGCGGGCCGAAGUAACCGUUUACGUUUCACGGAACAACACCGAUGCUGUUGUGUACGCCGUAACAGCUGCGAACAAACCGGCCAUUCUAUUCGAGCCGCACUGUCGUUUACAGGUAUCGGUACACUUGUUACCUUUCUGACAAUUCUACGUAAAUUACACGAGUGUCAUUGAAUCAAUGUUUUCUUGAUAAAUCAACUCAUUCAUAAUCGUCAGUUUCUGUUAUAAAAAAAAAAAA